AUGGAAGUGUACCUUGAAUGCCCAAUAUGCCAGGCCCAAAUCUACCCAGGUCAGCAGUAUUGUAAUCUACACGCAUACCAAUCCUUUGAGAAAGAUUCCAGAAGCCUAAUCUCGCGCUCUCUUCGUGAUUGGAGGAAAUAAAACCAAGCUUGCUUUGGACUCUAAGUGUUCGAUUACAGGAGGUAGAGCUGAAGAAAGUAUGCUCAGCUGUGAGAACACUAUUGGUGAAGUAGCUUUGAUUAAUGGUUACUCAAAGGUUUACUCACUUGUUGAUUCUUGGAAAUCCCAUUAUUACCACCUUUAUAAUCAAGUUCAUAAUCCGAAAUUGUAUUUUUCUAAAUUUAAAGGCUUGCUUCUUCCUGAAAUAGAAGAUAUUACCUUUUACAAAGACAAUAGAAAACAGAAGAAGGACAUCACUGAAUAUUUUGCUCCUUUGAAACAUCGGUUGCAUAAAGCCCAGAUUUAUCCAGGGAGAUCUAAGGAUGACAGACUGAGCUGGUUAUUUCCCAUUAUCACUAGAAUAUCUGCCAAAAUGAACAGCCUUGAUUUAUGCAAUUUUUCAAUGACACAGAAUCAAUUUUUUAGAAUCGUGCUAUCACUAGGAAGGGUCAAGAGACAAAUAUUUUGAGAUUGUAAAAUCAUAGGGAAGAGCAAGUCUUCUUUCAAGGUCCCAAUUUUUGACAUCAGCAAAAGAAAGACUUUAACCAAGGAAAUUCUGAUAGUUAGAUUUAGCUUCCAAGUUGAUGAGGGCAAUUUUAUGCAGACAAUCAGAGGAUUCUAUCCAAAUUCUGAAGUAAAAGCGAUAAAAUAA